AUGGCGGUCACGUGCUCUCGCUCAGCCACGCGCCCAUCUGUCACGUAUAGGUACGCGAUCCACGCAACCUCUGGCCACCUUUCGAGGAAUGACUCCACAAACGAGCUUCAAGGGGACGCGCCAGCAACCGACAACGGGCGGACUGUAUUACCCGCAUCAUCCGACGCCCCACGCGGGGGUGUGCCCCGGAUAAUUUCUCCGUCUCCCGACCCAUUGUCCUGUUGUUCCGGCCGACGGUACCCCGGAAUAAUUGUUUUUUUCUCCAGGAUUUUGUUUUUCCGCGGCACGCCAGAGCCGUGCCGUGACCGGAAAUAUUCCCAGGCACCGCUAGGGGCUUUUCUGUCGGAAGAACUUGAAGUUGCACGCGUGCCUUCAUAUUGCGAUUUUCGCGGUGCGCUUUUUUCUUUUUUCUCUGCCGGGCGCGCUUUCAUCAUACCACCAUAUGGGCGCCCAGAUUCCAAUUUUUCACAGUAG